ACAGACCAAAGAAGAACAGAUACUGAUGAUACUGGAAGCAAUGACCGACUCAGAUUAAGUCUGAGGCCGGUAACAUCAACAGUGAGGACAAACACAGCCUGCCUCUCUCCUUCCACACUGAGUAGAAACCUACAGUCACUGGGUCCUGAUUGUGACAGUGGAGCCCAGUUUGCACUGCAGGAUCCAGAGAUGGCAUCAGUGAAGCUGGAAGACUGCAGUCAAACACUGGAGCUGAAUGUAAACAUUAAAGAUGAAGAAGAGGAGGAGAAGAUUAGGACAACUCUUAGUCAAGGAUACCAUGUUGAGACAUUAUCUACAUCCAGAGAGCAACAGCAGGAAGAUGACAGAGCUAAGAGGUCUCAUCUCUGCCCACAUUGUGAAGAGAUUUUCCCAUUUCUAUCAAAGCUAAAACUACACCUAAAAAUACACACAGGAGAGAAGCCUUACUCCUGCUCUGGCUGUGGAAAAUGCUUCAAAACAUCAACGGUGCUAAAACUUCAUCGGAGAACACACACAGGAGAGAAGCCUUUCUACUGCCCUGACUGUGGAACUCGUUUCUCUCGAGUUUCCCACUUAAAAAGACACAAACGUAUACAUACUGGGGAGAAGCCAUACUCCUGCUCUGACUGUGGAAAAUGUUUUAAAACAUUAAAUGAGCUAAAAGUCCAUCAGAGAACACACACAGGUGAGAAGCCUUUCUUCUGCCCUGACUGUGGAACUAGUUUCUCUCGAGUUUCCCACUUAAAAAGACACGAACGUAUACAUACAGGGGAGAAGCCAUACUCCUGCUCUGACUGUGGAAAAUGUUUUAAAACAUUAAAUGAGCUAAAAGUUCACCAGAGAACACACACAGGAGAGAAGCCUUACGUCUGCUCUGACUGUGGAAAAUGCUUCACAACAUCAAGUGAUCUAAAAGUUCAUCAAAGAACACACACAGGAGAGAAGCCUUUCUUCUGCCCUGACUGUGGAAUUAGUUUCUCUCAACUUUCCAACUUAAAAUCACAUGAACGUAUACAUACAGGAGAGAAGCCUUACUCCUGCUCUGACUGUGUAAAAUAUUUCAAAACAUCAACUGAGCUAAAAGUUCAUCAGAGAACACACACAGGAGAGAAGCCAUACUCCUGCUCUGACUGUGGAAAAUGUUUUAAAACAUCAACUGAGCUAAAAGUUCACCAGAGAACACACACAGGAGUGAAGCCUUAUUCCUGCCCUGACUGUGGAACUAGUUUCUCUAAACUUUACCACUUAAAAUCACAUGAACGUAUACAUACAGGGGAGAAGCCAUACUCCUGCUCUGACUGUGGGAAAUGUUUUAAAACAUUAAAGGAGCUAAAAGUACAUCAGAGAACACACACAGGAGAGAAGCCUUACAUCUGCUCUGACUGUGGGACUAGUUUCUCUCAACUUUCCCAUUUAAAAUCACAUGGACGAAUACAUACAAGGGAGAAGCCAUACUCCUGCUCUGACUGUGGAAAAAAAAUUAAAACAACAAAUGAGCUUAAAGUUCAUCAGAGAACACACACAGGAGAGCAACCUUACAUCUGCUCUGAUUGUGUAAAAUGCUUCAAAACAUCAACUGAGCUUAAGGUUCAUGAGAGAACACACACAGGAGAGAUGCCUUACGUCUGCUCUGACUGUGGAAAAUGCUUCACAAAAUCAACUCAUCUAAAAGUUCAUCAGAGAACACACACAGGAGAGAAGCCUUACGUCUGUUCUGACUGUGGAAAGUGCUUCAAAACAUCAAAUGAGCUAAAAGUUCAUCAGAGAACACACACAGGAGAGAAGCCUUAUGUCUGUUCUGACUGUGGAAAGUGCUUCAAAACAUCAACUCAUCUAAAAGUUCACCAGAGAACACAUACAGGAGAAAAGCCUUACUCCUGUUCUGACUGUGGGGUAAGUUUCUCUCGACUGGAUACCUUAAAAAAACAUCAACAUAUACAUGGAGAGAAGCCAUACUCCUGCUCUGCCUUUGUAAAAUGCUUCAAAACAGCAACUGAGCUAAAAGUUCAUCAGAGAACACACUCAUGAGAGAAGCAUGCUUACAUCUGCUCUGACAUUUGGGUGAGUUUCUCUCACCAUAGCAACUUAACACACACCAAUGUAUACACACAGGAGAGAAGCCUUACUCCUGCUCUGUGGAGGGUUGGGCGUGUAAGUUAAAUGUCUAGCCAAAGGCUGUGUGUUUGAAUCUCAUCAAGGAGGACUUUAGCAUUUUAGCUAAUUAAGCAACUUUGCAACUACUUACUACUUUUUAUCUAUGUUAGCAUGUUAGCUUAGCAUGCAACUACUUAGCAUGUUAGCUAACCUUUCCCUAAACCCAUUUAACUCUACAUUACGCCCCUCACCCUAACCUAGCUAAUGUUUGUAACAACAAAUUGGAAUUUGUAACAUAUCAUACAUAUUACAAGUUCGUAACAUAUUGUAUGAAUAGCAAUGCGUAAGAUAACAUACGAAUUGUAAAUCGUAACAUAUGAUAAUAACAUCCUAUAAGUCGUAUUAUACUAAACAACAAUCUAAAUACAACAAUUUCAAAUAUUUACAGUUCGUGUAAGGAAAUCAGGCAAUUGAAAUAAAUCAGGUUCUAAUCUAUGGAUUUCACAUGACUGAGCAGGGGCUCAGCCAUGGGUGGGACUUGGGAGGGCAUAGACCCACUUGGGAGCCAGGCCCAGCCAAUCAGCAUGAGUUUUUCCCCACAAAAGGUUUUUAUUACAGACUGAAAUACUACUCAGCCCGCCCCCCCUCACAAUCUUGCAGGUGAAGAGGUCCUGUGCUGCUGUGGUUACAUGUGAUCUGCAGUUGUGAGGCCAGUUGGAUGUACUGCCAAAUUCUCCAAAAGGACGUGAGAGGUUGCUUAUGGUAGAGAUAUAAAUAUUGAGUUAUCUGGCUAUGGUGGACGUUCCUGCAGUCAUCAUGACAAUUGCAUAUUCCCUAAACUUGAGACAUCUGUGACAUUGAUGUUGUGUGGCCAUUUAUUGUCCCCCGCUGUUUUAUCAGCAUCUUAUGCCACACCUGUCAGGUGGAUGGAUUAUCUUGACAAAGGCUGAAAUGCUCACUUACAGAGAUAUAAACAAAGUUGUGCACAACAUUUGAGAGAAAUUAUGUUUUUGUGCAUAUUGCUGGAAUUUUUUAUUUCAGCUCAUGAAACCAACAUGUUUAGUUUAUAUUUUAGUUACGUUUUUAUUGGUAGGCCUAACAUACUAAAUGGAGUGGCAUGGAUGUUUUUGUAAUACAUAAUACGUUUUGCUCUGAGACCAAGUUGUCCCUCUGCAGUAUUCUGUGGUAAGGAGCUAGUGGACACUUGUUUUAUUGAACCUUUAUUUAAAUAGGCAAGUCAGUUAAGAACAAAUUGUUAUUUACAAUGAUGGCCUAGGAACAGUGGGUUAACUGCCUUGUUCAGAGGCAGAACAACAGAUUUACCUUGUCAGCUCGGGGAUUUGAUCUUGCAACCUCUUGCAACCUUUUGGUUACUGCCACUAGGCUAUCUUCCGCCACCCCUAACAUGUAUCAGAUAGCGAUGAUCACUUUUCACCAUUAGUUUGGGGGGAUUAUUUUACAACCUUAUUUAAUGAUACACAGUUUAUGAAAUUAAUACAUGUGUUUAUUAAUUGUCUUUAAAACUAGAUGAGUUAUUUUAGUUAUUGAUCAUGAAUGUGUUUGGAUAACUGCAUUGAUGCAAACUUUAUUGAUCUGCCAAUGAAAAAUAAAGUUACAUGAAUAUGUACUGGUCAACCUCUUCUUCUGUUUAGUAUUCAGUUCUUCAUAUUAG